AUGGACCAAGCCUUCUUCUCCUCUCCCUCCCAGUCUGACGAGCAGAACCAAAGCCUGCUCUCCCAGCUGACCCUGGCGUCGCUGCAGGAGUCCCUUCAGGAGCCCAUGGCGCUCAGUCCCGCCAAGGACGUCGUCGUCGUCAGCCCCUUCACCUUCAGCUUCGAGGGACUCAGCCCCCUGACGUUCAACCCGCAGAUUACGAGCACGUCCUCCGUCAGCAGUGACGUCGGGAGCUGUGGCGGCGGGGGUGUUGCUGCUCCCGUGUCGAGCCACCAAGUGCAGGAGCAGAAACAGCAGCAGGAGACUGCUCAGGAACAGCAGCAGCCGCAGCAGCAACAGCAACAGCAACAGCAGAGCGGAAGAGUCAGCAAACCACGGCGCAGAUCACAUCGCCGUCAGCGCCGCCGACGCCGCGUGACUUCGACUGCCAGCUAA